AUGUCCACUGCCGCCUGCAUCUUCUGUAAGAUCAUCAAGGGAGAGAUCCCGUCGAUGAAGCUGUUCGAGAGUGAGAAGACUCUCGCAUUCCUUGACAUCAACCCUCUUGCCUACGGCCACGCGCUCGUGAUCCCCAAACACCACGGCGCAAAGCUCACCGACAUUCCCGACGCCGAUCUCUCCGAACUACUGCCCGUCGCCAAGAAGAUUGCCUCCGCUCAAGGCUCCGAGAACUACAACAUCCUGCAGAAUAACGGCCGACUCGCACAUCAAGAGGUGGAUCACGUACAUUUCCAUGUCAUUCCGAAGCCGGACGAGACGCAGGGACUUGGGAUUGGAUGGCCGAUGUUGAAGGGCGAUAUGGACAGGUUGAAGAAGUUGGCGGAGGAGAUCAAGAGUAAGAUGUGAGGAGGGAACGUGGACAAAUGACUGGGCGGUAGGGAUUGAACGACUCAAGAUUGCCAUGUGAAUGUAUGAAGGUAUCUACGUCC